AAGGUAUUUUUAAUGCCGCCAUCCAAAAAGCAGAAACGCGAAGUAGCAGCUGCCGCUCCCCCUCCGAGUAAAGAUGAUCUCGUGGUAGGGGAUUGCAAGUAUGCCUUGAAUCAACUCUUGCUGGCGUUGAACAGGGGACAAUUGUAUGCAGCGAAGAUCUUGAAAAUGCGUAAGGUGGGGCUGAACUGGGAAUACUACGUACAUUAUCAAGGCUGGAAAGCGAGGUGGGAUGAAUGGGUCAAAGAAGCAAUGCUCUACCCUGAUAAUGAAGAGAGUCGCAAGGUGCAAAAUGAGCUGUCUGCAAGGUUAAAGGAAAGUCUUGCAAGCAGCAACGGCAAAAGCUCCCAACCAGGGGAUGACUUUAUCCACACUGUUGAAUCAACCAAACCAGUGAUUACCUUGAUCAUUCCCCAUACGCUUCAAGUGCAUCUGAUGAAGGAAGCUGAGCAGGUGCACAGCGAAAAGUUAGUGCCUUUGCCUCGUAGUCCUUCAGUCAAGGAAAUUCUUGUCUCGUUCGUGAAAACAAACAAUAAGCCUCCCACUUCAGUGGAGGCGGAAAUAUUGAAAGAAAUGACUGAUGGGUUGCGGGAAUAUUUUGACAAGGCUCUCAGCAUGAUGCUACUUUAUCAACAGGAAAGAAACCAGUACGAAAAGAUCAGGAGGAGUAAGGGCAAGACUCCAGCAA